CGGACAGGCCUACAAGAGUGCGAUCAAGAAGGCCGACAGCCAGCUCAAGUCCAAGUCGGAGACGGGCGACAACCUGCAGUACAUCGACUUCCACCAGCUGAAGAUCGAGAACCAGCAGUUCGUGCACCCAUCGAGGAGGCGAACCAGGAGCUGCUGGUCCUCAAGAGGACGCCCGCCCCCCCCAAACGCCCGCCGCGCUGCACCGAGAGCUCCCGCGCUGCGGCCUCGCCCCCGAGGCGCCGCCGGCCCUCCGACCCGCUCGCCGCACGCUCUCCCGCUCGGGGCCUCCGUGGAACUCGCGGCGGAGCAGGGCAGUCGACGGAGCCCGGGCGGGGCGCGGUGCACGGGCGCGCCGCGCUCGUGGCGUGGCCUGGGCCAGGGCCGGCUGCACGGGUGGCCGCAUGUCGUUCCAGCCCGUCUCCCUCGCACGGCCGGGCACGCCGCCCCUUCCCCUCCCCGCGCGCACGUGUGUGUCGUCCAAGAAGCGGUGUCCGCAUGCCCCGCCUGCGGGUCAGGCCGCGCGCGCGUGCCUCCAGCGUCCGGGUGUGCCAUGGGCGC